AUGAACGACAAACUGCCCGUAGCCAUCGACUCGACAAUAAAUCUCCUCACCGUCGUGCAAAAUCGUCCACAGCAAGCAAACCUAAUGCACCAACUCGCCUACGGAACGGCCAUAGUCCGAUUCGUCAAUUUAAUGAGUGAACGACUCAAAGGAAAACUCAGCUCGUCACUCGUGGAACGCUGUAGAAAACUGCACAUUCCCGAUUGGGUCGUCCAAAUCAGACACGACGUGACUCACGGGAUGCUUCCAUCCUUCGACGUCAUCCUCAUUGGAGUGGACGAGAGUCUUGGAUGGCUCAGAGUAGUUAUAAAAACUUUGGAAAUGUUUAAUUUCCUUUAA